CAAGAAGGACAACAGUGGUUUUUGGCAGUGAGGAUAUGUCUCAUAGAGCUAUUGUCAUUGGGUGUUGAAGCAAAAAAAAAUACAGAUUUCUUGCCCAAGUAAAAAACCCUUAAGGUUUGUUGCAGGUUGAAAUUUACGAAGCGGAUUUGAAGUGGAUUUUUCUGUUACUCUCCAGCAAAUUUCAGGCUAGAAUUUCUUAUGAAUUUUGGACUGGGGUCUGAAGAUCUGCGCUCGCUCAGACCAGUGGGCAUCGGGCAGAAAGAACUUGUCGAGUAUUGUAUUGGGUUUUAUGACAAUGUACUUGUAUUUGAACCACAGCUUGCCCGAUACCUGCUACAGUCCUUUUCAACUGCUUUCUUCCAGGCCUUCAUCCAGCGAAUUUUUUCUGGUGGAGCCUCCUCCCGCUCUGCGUCAUUUUGCACGGGCACAACAUCCUACCCCGGCCCUGCAGAACCGGCACGCAGCUCCGCAGAAAAAGUCUGGGCUUUGUUUCCAGUGUGAAAAGCACGUGCUACAUAACCUACGCGUGGGUGCGCAGAAUGUUUCAGAACCAGCCUUGAGGUGCGCACAGUUGCUGC